AUGCUGACUGGUUCCAGGCUAACAAAGCUGCAAAGGUGCCUGUCGUUGAAGCCAAGCAGUCCACUUUCAUUAAUCACAAGUGAGAAGACUCUGAGUGCACUGAGAGCUGCUCAAAGCAAAGUCCAGCAAACUGUGAGGCAGUACACUACUGGUUACAACUUUUCCAGAAUAUCCAGAUAUCGUUUGCCGUGGGAGCUGAUCCUGGAUGCAGAGGACAUUUGGAUUCAACUAGAGGGUCUGUCAGAGACUACUGAGUACACACUGAGACUGCAGUCAGCACAUGGCGCCAUGAGAAGCACAGCAGAACAUGCCUCAUUCACUACAGUGGGCAGGGUCUACCCAUACCCAUGGGACUGCACUCAGCACCUACUUAAUGGAGACACCAUCAGCGGCAUCUAUACCAUCUACAUCAAUGGAGAGCCACAGCAAAGCGUGCAAGUCUUCUGUGACAUGACAACCGAUGGAGGAGGCUGGACUGUGUUCCAGAGACGACAGAAUGGACUGACGGAUUUUGCACGGACAUGGGCGGAUUACCGAGUGGGCUUUGGAAACCUGGAGGAUGAAUUCUGGCUGGGUUUGGACAACCUUCACAAGCUCUCUGCCCAAACCAGAUAUGAGCUUCGCGUCGACCUCCGUGAUGGCCGUGAAUCAGUCUACGCAGCCUAUGAUCGAUUUUACCUGAGUGAUGCCAGGAACCUGUACAAACUGAGGCUGGGGGAUUACAAUGGGACAGCUGGGGACUCACUCUCUUAUCAUCAGGGGCGACCAUUUUCCACCAAGGAUCGAGACAAUGAUGUGGCUAUCACGAACUGUGCCUUGUCUUACAAGGGAGCCUGGUGGUAUAAGAAUUGUCACCGUGCUAAUCUCAAUGGAAAAUAUGGAGAGAGUCGACACAGUCAGGGUAUAAACUGGUACCACUGGAAAGGUCAUGAAAUCUCUAUUCCAUUCGUGGAGAUGAAGGUGCGACCAUAUAAUUUUGGAGCGGUGGUGCAGAGACACAGGCGCUCACUGGUUUUAUAA